AUGGAAACGACCUGGGCUUUCUCUUACCAUACUGUCACCGAACUCUCUCUUACUGUUAUGGAUAUCCUUUAUGAUCAGAUUGUUCUAUUUGGUGACUCCAUCACUCAAUUUAGCUUUGAGACCAAACAUAAAGGAUGGGGUGCUUCCCUUGCUGAUGCUUAUCAAAAAAGAGCGGAUGUUUUGAAUCGUGGAUUUGGAGGGUAUAACUCAAAGUGGGCGGUUCCAAUAUUAAACCAAAUGAUCCCACAGAAGGUAGACCCUUCGCAGCGGGCUAAGAUUCGACUAGUCAUCCUUUUCUUUGGUGCAAAUGAUUCAGCAAAAGCUGGCACCUUUCAAUAUGUUCCCAUCGAUGAAUACGCAACCAAUCUAUCCAUGAUGAUCAAGCGAAUUGAUCAAUACAGCGCUGAUACCCGAAUCGUCGUGAUCACCACACCACCCGUCAACGAAGACCAGUGGCAUAAAGCCAGUGAACAAGGGGGUCCUGAUUUGCGUCGUUCCAACACCGUGACCAAAGCAUAUGCGGAAGCAGCAAAGGAGGUGGCUCUAGCAUACAACGUGCCUUGCGUUGACCUUUGGUCUGAGAUUAUGAAUUUGGCGCAGGAUGGUUUGAAAGAUGGCUCGUCAGAUACAAUCUCACAUAAGCGAGAUCUGUCUGAGUUCAUGAGUGACGGCCUGCAUCUGGGAACUCUAGGUUGUCAAGUCCUAUUCGAUGCAUUAAUGAACACUAUCAAGGCGAAUUUUCCUGAAUUGAAUCCAGACACCUGGCCUGAGCAGUUAGCAGAAUUUUGGGAGGCGCCCAGAGAAGACUAUGAAAGUACUCUUAUAUUCAGAAAAUAA